AUGCCCCCAAAGUGUGAUAAAGGUGGUGCCUUUUCAAUCUGCCUUAUGUGCAGUGAAGGGGAAACAGAUCGCAUGGUGCAAUGUGAUUCUUGUGAUAAAUGGUAUCACUACGAUUGCGUCGGAGUUGAUGAUGGAGUGGCAGAUGUCAGUUGGAGUUGCGAAUUUUGCACAAAUCCACGAUCAAAUCCAAUCACUACUAGCGCCUAUGCUGCUUCGACCGAACCGCUCAGUGGCCUCAUGUCAAGUUUCACAAUCCAUCCACAAACAUCUUCAUCGCCCUCGACAUCACACCUAGUGACGACAGCAAACGCGCAGCCAAAUACGACCACAGGAAUACAGGUGAGCUCAUCGAGUGUUCAAUAUACAAACUUCCCGUCAUACUUGCCACUCCGGCCAGUUCCUAUGGUCACAAGGCAAUCGCAUUUGAUUCCAGAACAACACCUACCGAUAUCAUAUGUACCAAGUGGUACCACAGCAUUAUUUACUGAUGCACGAAUGAGUUCCCCAAUUAAUUUCACACGUACAAGUAUGUAUACACCUACGAUGAUUACAUGGGCAACAAAUCUCCAUGUUUCUGAAGCGCAACAACAUCUGCCAGCAACAUCGUCAUCGCAACAUGAAUUUUUGCGAAUGACAGCUGAACCAGCAACAUUUUCACAACAUGCUUCUCAGCGAGUGACAGCUAUCCCAGCAACAUUGCCAAAAGUUGUUGACGUUUCGCUACAGCAAAAAGAAUUGCAAAUGGAGAUGCUAGAGGAAGAAAAAAAGUUACACCAGCGGUAUUUAGAAAGAAAAUAUCAAAUAUUAUCCAGUUCGGAUGGAUGUUCUGCAGCUCCACAACAAAAUAACUUCCAUUUCAACUCAUCCGCGAUUGGAACAUCUCUCGGCCUUGGUCCAUCUCCCGCUCAAAUAGCUGCGCGACAAGUGCUCCCGAAACAAUUACCAGUAUUCAGCGGCGACCCUGAGGAGUGGCCCCUGUUUUUGAGUAGCUUCAAUAACAGCACAGCAUUAGCAGGAUACAGCGAUGCCGAAAAUUUAAUGCGCCUGCAAGCAAGUUUGAAAGGUAAGGCACGUGAAAUUGUUCGCAAUAAGCUCCUUCUGCCCAGCUUAGUUCCAGAGAUAAUACAAACUCUUAAGAUGUGUUUUGGUCGACCGGAAUACAUCAUCGAAAACAUGAUUGACAGAGCAAGGAAACUUCCACCACCAAAAGACAAGUUGGAGAACAUUAUUGAGUUCGCAUUGUCAGUGAGCAACAUUUGUUCUACAAUGGAAGCUUGUCAGAUGUCCGCACAUCUUAACAAUCCGAUGCUGGUCAAGGAGUUUGUCGAUAAGUUGCCAAGUCAAUAUAAGCUGAGUUGGGCUAUGCAGCAAAAAGAAGAGCGAGUUCCUAUAGUGAAAUCAUUUAGCACCUGGCUGCAUAAUAUUGCUGAAGCCGCUAGUCAAGUCGUUUCACCAUUCUCAUCGAAAAAGAGCGGCGUGAUGAACACCCACACUGAGGUCAAGCAACCAUCAGUCCAUAAAACAGCUUGUAUUGCUUGCAACUGUGCCGAUCACAAGAUUUCCAACUGUGGAGCGUUCAAGAAGAUGACCUAUAACAAAAAAUGGGAAAUGGUGAAAGCCAACAAGUUGUGUCGCCAGUGUCUUAAUUCACAUCGCCGAAGGUGUAACCUCAACAGUGAAUGUGGAGUUGAAAGCUGCAAGGCGAAGCAUCACCCACUGCUACAUAAGCCCACCGCUCUUGUAAGUCAUGUAAGGAACCAAGUAAGUGAAAACAAUUUGUAUGCGAAUCCGAGUGUAGCUUUAAAUGUAAAUACUCACAGCGAUGCUGACGAGGGGGAGAAACCCUAUUUUCGUAUCAUUCCGGUUCGCCUUCAUUCAAAAAAUAUUUUUAUAGACACAUUUGCCUUUCUAGAUGAGGGUUCAUCAGUGACACUGAUUGAAAGAAGCAUUUUUGAAAUUCUAGGCCUUUCUGGUGUUAGUGAGCCUUUAUGUUUACGCUGGACUGGCGACACAACUCGAGUUGAAGAAAAUUCAAUUCGAACCACCAUCGAGAUUUCAAAUAAGACGAGCAAAGCCAAACAUACUAUGCAUGGUGUUCAUACCGUGGAAAAGCUUUCCCUUCCGAUGCAAACGUUGGACAUGGAUGCAAUCACACAAGGUUACCCUUACUUGGCUGACUUACCAAUUCAGUCAUACCAGGAUGCUCGCCCCACAAUUCUCAUCGGAGUAGACAACUGGAAGUUGGCAGUGCCUCUCAAGGUUCGUGAAGGUUCCUGGAACCAACCAAUCGCCACUAAAACCCGAUUAGGAUGGACUUUACAAGGAUGUGUACCCAAUCGUCAACAAGUCUGCUGCCUCAACAUACAUGCAUGUAACUGUGACCGACAUUCUGAUGAUCUUCAUGAAGCAAUGAAAGCCUUUUUCAAAUUGGAAUCAUCGUCAACCACUAUAUGUUCACAUGAAGACAAAAGAGCCCUGCAGAUAUUGGAAUCAACUUGUAAGUCACUGGAUAACCAGUACGAGAUUGGAUUGCCUUGGCGCCACGAUAAUCAAAAGAUGCCUGAUAGCUAUAAAACCGCAUUCAACCGACUUAUGUGCCUCCAGAAAAAAUUCAAACGCGAAGCCAACCUGAAGGAUAAAAUGCAAGCCGAAAUAGACAAUCUUUUGAUUAAGGGCUAUGCAAGUAAGCUGAAUGUGGUAAAAGUAGCGACAAGCAACAAUCCUGUAUGGUAUUUACCAAUUUUUGUCACCCAAAACCCGAAUAAGCCGAAUAGAGUUCGUCUUGUUUGGGAUGCUGCAGCAAAAUCCAACGGACGUUCGCUUAAUGACUUCCUUCUUACUGGACCCGACCUUUUAACAUCACUGGUGGAGGUUUUAUUAGCCUUCAGGAUUGGCCAGGUGGCUAUCUGUGGUGAUAUUGCUGAGAUGUUUCACCAGAUCAAGGUGAGGGAGCAGGACAUGCACGCACAACGAUUCUUAUGGUGGGAAAAGGAGGACUCAUUAGAUCAGCCUAGCUGUUACGUCAUGAGUGCCUUAACAUUCGGGAUGAAUUGCGCUCCCUGCAUAGCGCAUUACAUUCGCAACAAAAACGCCGACCAGUUUCAACAACUUCACCCUCGAGCAGUGGAAGCCAUCAAAAACUAUCACUACGUAGAUGACUUCAUCGAUAGCGUGGACACUGAGGAGGAAGCCCUGUGCUUGGCAAAUGAUGUUAAGACAAUUCACUUGUCUGCUGGCUUCAAUAUCCGCAAUUGGGCGUCCAACUCUUCUUGGGUAGUUCAUCAGCUGACCAGCAACGGCUCUCCUGUACAAGCUCAUAAGACUUUAGGGUCCACUGAGAAAGUCCUUGGUAUGUACUGGGAUCCUAAUAACGAUGUCUUUAAAUAUAUUUUUAGAUUCGUUCGACUGAAGCGUGAUGUGUUGGAUGAGCAUGUAAGACCGACAAAACGAGAGACCUUGCAAGUUCUCAUGUCCAUAUUCGACCCACUUGGUUUCGUUACCUGCUUUACCAUUGGGUUGAAAAUCCUUCUCCAAGAAGUCUGGCGUUCCGGUAUUGAUUGGGAUGGUGAGCUUUCUGAAGAUCUGUACUCCAAGUGGCUUCAAUGGAAAUCUUUGAUACCAUCAAUAAAAGCUAUUGAAAUUCCCCGCUGCUACAGUCGACUGCUGGUCAAUUCCGAGAAUGUCCAAAUACACACGUUUGUGGAUGCUGGAGAACACGCUUACGCAGCAGUAUGUUACUUGCGUGUGCAACGUGGAAACGAAGUCUCCGUCGCCAUAGUAGCUUCAAAAUCAAAAGUCGCCCCGCUUAAACCAGUCUCAAUUCCGAGACUUGAGCUCCAAGCAGCUGUUUUAGGCAUAAGACUGUCUAUUAAGGUGCAAGCAGUCCGUCGUCUACCUAUUACAUCCAGAUUUUGGUGGUCAGACUCAAAAACGGUUUUGAAGUGGCUGCGAAUGGACCCCAGGAAAUUUCAACAGUUUGUUAUGUUCCGUGUGGGCGAGAUACUGGAGCAUUCGAACGCCAAGGAGUGGAAAUGGGUGCCCUCAAAACUGAACACAGCCGACCUGGCCACAAAGGUAUCGUCGCAGAUAAAUAGCGAAUUGUGGUUCACCGGACCGAAGUUUUUGGCCUAUGGAGUUGAAGAUUGGCCAACAUGUGAUGACCUUGGACCCGUCGAUACAACAGAAGUUAGACAUCAUUUGCUUCACGCUACAGCUUCAAAUGUAAGAACUUCAGUUUCAAUAAGCAUGAACGUAGAAUACUUUUCUGAUUGGAGACGACUAUACCGUGCGUUGGCUAUGUUCAAGCUAUACAUCGAAAAGCUAAAAGCUGUUGUCCGAAAUAAACCCAUUCCAAACCAAGUGUCUUAUGAAAUUCUUCAAGACGCUAAGGUACAACUCUACAAAUGCGCACAGAUGAGUGUAUUCAGCCAGGACAUAUCGAACUUAGAACGGGGUAAGAUUAUUAACAGCAAUUCAAAACUAAUACCUUUGAACGUUUACCUAGAUGGUUCUGGCAUUCUAAGGAUACGGAGUAGAGCUGAGAAUCUUAAUAACCAACCAGAUGCUAUCGUCUUACCAAAGAAUCAUCACGUGACGUUCCUGAUUGUUCGUUCCUGGCAUGAGAACCACCACCACGUAUCACACGAAACGACCAUUAACAAAAUCAGAGGGAUGUUUUACAUUCCACGACUGCGUGUACUAUACAAAUCCGUGCGGAAGAAGUGCCAAAGGUGCAAAAAUUACUAUGCUAUGCCUGCAGUUCCACAGAUGGCCACCUUACCAGCUGCAAGGUUAGCAGUGUUCGAGCGCCCUUUUACAUUUGUUGGCAUUGAUUAUUUUGGGCCCAUUUCCACAAUAAUUGGACGAAGACGCGAGAAAAGAUGGGGCGUAAUAUUUACGUGCCUCACCGUUCGUGCCGUGCACAUAGAGGUGGCACACAGCUUAGACACUAGCUCAUGCAUUAUGUGCAUACGGAACUUCAUAUCACGCCGUGGAAUGCCUCGAGAAAUCUAUACAGAUAACGGCACAAAUUUCAAGGCCACUGAAAAAAUUUUAUGUGAUGAAUACAAAAACAUCAACUACUCAACUGUUGCGUCCAAAUACGAUGGACUUAGAUGGAAGUUCAACCCACCGGCAGCACCGCACAUGGGAGGGGCCUGGGAAAGGCUUGUCCGAUCCAUCAAAACUAUAUUGUAUAGUAUGGCUCCAAGGAACUUCAACGAUGAAACACUGAGAUGCGCGCUAUGGGAGGUGGAAUUCUUAAUCAAUUCCCGUCCACUCACAUUUGUGUCACUUGAGUCCUGCGACGACGAAGCCAUCACCCCAAAUCAUCUUUUACUAGGCUCAACAACUGGGUACAAGCCUAUUUGCGAAAACGACAUAGACCUGCGACAGCGUUGGCAUCAAACCCAGGUGUUUGCUGAUAGAUUUUGGCAGAGAUGGGUAAAAGACUACACACCUAUGCUUGCACGACGAGGUAAGUGGUUUGAAAAACAGCCUCCUUUAGCCCCUGGUGACGUGGUUGUCAUCGUGGACGAAAACCUACCCCGAAACAGCUGGCCAAAGGGUAUCAUUGAAAGCGUAGUAACCGCGAAAGACGGUCAAGUCCGAAGAGCUAUGGUGAAAACUCAAACGGGAAUGCUAGAACGACCAACAAGCAAGAUUGCCGUCCUAGACGUCGAUAAAGGCUAA